CGCCCCCCUUCUUAUCACCGCCUUCAACCUCACAGGGCAGCUGAGUAACCUGAGGCUACACUUGCUGCCACCUCCCCCCACCCCGACCCUCUCCCUCUUACCUUCACAACGCCAUCUGCCCCCCCCAAACACCACCCCAUUCCUCUCCACUCGCAUCCCAGCCUGGCGACUGAAGGGAGUAGGUGCGAGAGAGCAGCAUGGAGGGGAGCUUUGACACCGAGGAGAGUUUUGACGACCCGUCGUGUCUCGCCCCUCAGCCGCCCGGAUCCGUGUCACCCGCCAAGAGGCGAGUCCACGAGGUGAAGGAAACCAAAACCACGAUCAACGGCGUGACGUUCCCGCUUCCCGGCGAAGGACCCGAGCAGCAACUGCUCAAACCCAACGAAUGGAGCUACUGCGAUUACUUCUGGACAGACAAAAAGGACCCCCAGGGGGCCACGUCGGUGGGCGGCUUCGAGGUUCUGCUGCAGAAGCAACUGAAGGGCAAACAGAUGCAGAAGGAGAUGGCCGAGUUUGUCCACGAGAGGAUCAAGAUUGAGGAGGAAUAUGCCAAGAAUUUAUCUAAACUUUCCCUCAGCACUCUGGCGGCACAGGAAGAAGGGACCUUGGGAGAAGCUUGGACUCAGCUAAAGAAAAGUCUACAUGAUGAGGCAGAAGUCCACCUCAAGUUCUCCAACAAGCUUCACUCCGAGGUCGAGAAGCCUCUGCUGACGUUCCGAGCUGACAACUUCAAGAAGGACCUGAAGAAGUACGACCAUCACAUCGCAGACCUCCGGAAACAGCUCGCCACCCGCUACGUCGGUGUAGAGAAGGCCCGUAAAGCUCUUGCUGAGCGUCAGAAGGAUCUGGAUGUCAAGACGCAGCAGCUGGAGAUCAAACUCAGCAACAAGACGGAAGAAGACAUCAAGAAGGCUCGCAGGAAAUCCACACAAGCAGGGGAUGACCUGAUGCGCUGCGUGGACCUCUACAACCAGGCUCAGUCCAAGUGGUUUGAGGAGAUGGUCACCACCAGCAUGGAGCUGGAAAAACUGGAGGUGGAUCGCAUUGAGUGGAUCCAGCAACAUCUGCGGCAGUACACCACGCUGAGGCACGAGACGGACAUGUUCAACCAGGGCACGGUGGAGCCAGUGGACCAGCUGCUGCAGAAAGUGGACCCGGCCAAGGACAGAGAGCUUUGGGUCCAAGACAACAAGACAGGCCACGUCAGGCCUGUGGACUUAGACAUCUGAAGCGAGGGUCAGCCAGAACCAGAACCAGCAUGUUCCUAGUACAUAUGAACCCUGCUCGCUUCUUCUUCGACUUCUGUUGUAGUUACGUCACUAAAGUUCUGUUCAACGUUUUGGUGUCUUGUUAAAAAAAAAAGAAGAAAAAAGCCUUGAUAUAAUUCCCUUUUAUUUUUGGAUAUCAAGAGGAACUGGUGGUGGAAUAUUUUCAUAUUUUCAAAGAUGGCUUCUGGACACGCAUGCUUCUUCUCCGCUCACAAAAAAAAAACUGGAUCAGAGGCGGGAAAAAGUUGGAUGGCGUCACACUGGAAAACCCUCUUGUGCCUCGAGUGUUUGGUAAGAACCCGGGAGAACAAAUGGAGCAAUUUUAGUUUGCGCUCGCCACAUACUUAAAUGAAACGCGUUCAUGUUGUCUCUUCUGGGUUCCUUGUUUGCCACCAUUUCCACUGUCUUAUUUGUUUUGCUGUGUACACAGAUGACAGGACGGAGGCGCCCCCUGUGGGCUGUUAACUGUAAUUGCAUGUGCAGUGUGCUUGUGUGUGUGUCUACAAAACAUUUUGUUUGUGUGUUUUGUUUGGAUUUUGUGGUCCUUUAUGACCACUCGUGUUUUGUUGGUGUUUCAUUGUUGCAUAUUUGAUGUUCCGAGUUUGACGCCCUUGUGCGCUGUCCGUCUCAUCUUUUUGGGAAUGAUUUUGGUGAGCACAGUAUGGAAUGCAUCCUGUCCGUCAUAUUAGUAAUAUAUAAUUGUAAAAAAAAUAA